CAGUUGUAAUUUUUCAAGAAAUUGAAUUUUAUGGAAAGUCAGUCAUAUUCCAUUGCUUAAGCCAUAAGGGCAGGAAGGUCCAAGGCUGGAGGCAUCCUGUGGCAUUUCAAGAGCCUUUAAGGUCAACAUGGAUGAAGUUUUGCAGGACUCUGCUCCUGAAAAUGGAGACAGCCUUGUGAAAGUGAAGGAGGAAGAUCCCACAUGGGAACAGACAUGCAGCUCACAGGAGAGUGGCUCCCACACUCGGGAGAUUUGCCGCCUGCGCUUCCGGCAGUUCUGCUACCAGGAGGUACCUGGGCCCCGGGAGGCUCUAGCCCAGCUCCGAGAACUUUGCCAUCAGUGGUUGAGCCCAGAGACCCACAGCAAGGAGCAGAUCCUGGAGCUGCUGGUGCUGGAGCAGUUCCUGACCAUCCUGCCCGAGGAGCUCCAGGCCAGGGUGCAGGCGUGCUCGUUGGAGAGUGGGGAGGAUGCAUUGAUAGCGCUGGAGAGUCUAGAGAGAGACGCAGGAGACUCAGAACAGGCUUCUGUCUACACUCUAGGACAGGACCUGCACCUACUGGUGACAGAAUGUCAAGGAACCUCUUCGGAGGGUCAGAGCCCCCAGCUCCUGUUGGGCGUAACCACCCUGAAGAGUGAGCCUCCAGAGUCUCCCCAAGAGACCGCCCAAGAAGUGAGUGGACUCUUGUCUGCUCCGUCCACAAGGCCUGCUCCCCAGAGAUCAGACCCUCUCCAGGAGGAGAAUCCCAGAGACCAGGCUGCAGUACUGGGGUUGAACUCAGCCAGGUCCCAGACAUCAGUGAAGACUGAGGAAGCAGCGCCGGUCCUUGUCUCAGAGGAGUGGCCAGUUCCAAGUCUGGCUCAGGAGAAGAUUACAAACAUCAGUCCCAUGGCUGAAGAAGUUGUAACUAAAGAUGGAUUUUUUAACACAAAGCAAGAAACUUCUGAAGAAAUGGAACAAGGUGCUGAGGCCUCAGGAAUAGCCAACAGAGACUGUGUACCCCAGAACCCUUGUGGUACCCCUGUUCCUGUUGAAAGGACACUUGUGCAUUUGAACACUCUCAAGGACCGUCAUCCGGGUGAUUUGUGGGCUCGGAUGCACAUCUCCUCCGUGGAAUAUGCUGCAGGAGACAUUACCCGAAAAGGGAGGAAGAAAGACAAAGCUCGAGUGAGUGAACUGCUCCAAGGCCUUGCGUUUUCUGGUGAUUCAGAUGUGGAAGAGGAUAACAGGCCUGAGACCCAGCCUGCUCCAAAAAGGCUAAAAAGGUCAGGUGUCCCAGAGAAGAACUGGACCAAAAGAGAUAUUAAACCCAACUUUCCAUGCUGGUCAGCACUGGAUUCUGGACUUUUGAAUCUCAAGAAUGAAAAGUUGAACCCAGUAGAGUUCUUUGAGUUAUUUUUUGAUGAUGAAACAUUCAACCUGAUUGUCAGUGAAACCAAUAAUUAUGCUUCUCAGAAAAAUGUCAACUUGGAAGUCACAGUUCAGGAAGUGAGGUGUGUGUUUGGUGUCCUGCUUUUGAGUGGACUCGUGCGGCGUCCCAGCAGGGGAAUGUACUGGGAAAUGUCUGAUGCUGACCAGAACCUGGUUAGAGAUGCAAUCAGAAGGGAUAGAUUUGAAUUGAUUUUCUCAUACCUGCAUUUUGCAGAUAAUAGCCAUCUAGAUCAGAAUGAUAAGUUCACAAAAUUGAGGCCUCUCAUAAAGCAAAUGAAUAAAAAUUUUCUCCUAUAUGCUCCCCUUGAAGAAUACUACUGUUUUGAUAAGACAAUGUGUGAGUGCUUUGAUAGUGACCAAUUUCUGAAUGGUAAAUCUGUUAGAAUUGGCUAUAAAAUCUGGUGUGGUGCUACCACAGAGGGUUAUCUGGUUUGGUUUGAGCCUCAUCAAGAAGAAGCAACUCUGAUGGCAGGUAAGGAUCCUGAUCUUGGUUUCGGUGGAAACCUCGUGAUGAAUUUUGCUGAUGUUCUUUUAGCAAGGGGUCAGUAUCCAUAUCACCUGUGCUUUGAUGGCUUCUUUACAAGUGUCACAUUGGUGUCGGCCUUGAAGAAGAAAGGGGUGAGGGCAACAGGGACAAUUCGUGAGAGCAGGACUGAAAAAUGCCCCCUUAUGAGUGCAGAACAUAUGAAAACAAUGAAGAAGGGGUACUGUGAUUUCCGAGUAGAAGAAAAUGAUGAGAUAAUUUUGUGUCGUUGGCAUGGUGAUGGUAUUAUCAGUCUGUGUUCCAAUGCUGUUGGCAUAGAGCCAGUCAAUGAGAUACACUGUUUUGCCAGUGACAAGGAGAUCCCUCAGAUAAGUCAACCAUCCAUAGUGAAACUGUAUGAUGAAUGCAGGGAAGGUGUAGCUAAAAUGGAGCAGAUCACUUCCAAAUACAGGGUGAGAAUAAGAAGCAAGAAAUGGUACUCAGUUUUGGUGAGCUAUAUGAUUGACAUAGCCAUGAGCAAUGCAUGGCAGCUACACAGAGCCUGUAACCCAGGCGCCUGUCUAGACCUCGGGGAUUUUCGGAGAUACGUUGCACAUUUCUACUUGGAGCAGAAUGCGAAUAUGUCAGAUUAAGGCAGGUGAAACAGACACAAUGAAGACAUUAAUAA